AUGUCAAACAAGAAAUCGGUCGUUUACUACUUUCAUCCGGAGGUUGGAAACUUUCACUAUGGUAUGUGCGGCUGAAUAAAUUUCCUCUUUUUCCUAUUCGAAAGAAGUUUAUUACGUUCUGAGUUUUUUUCCUCCCUACGCCAAGUUUUUUUGAUGAGAACUGCUUCUCGCAGACUUUCUUCCAACGAGUCAACCAAAAAAUUCUCAAAAAUCGAGAAACUAACUUGCUUGGCUCCUAAUUGAGAAAACAAAAUUCCACUCAGGACCCAAAAUUCUGCACCUUCGUGAGAAUCUGUUUGUGUAAAGAUCGCGAAAAAUAUCCGCUUCGGAAACUUUGGUUAUUUCCCGUGCAGGCCGCCACCAUCCGAUGAAGCCGCAACGACUUCAGGCUCUCAACAACCUCAUCAUCUCUUACAACAUCCACAAGAAAAUGAAGGUGGUGGAACUGCCGCGACUUGGCGCCGAAGAGUUGAUGUGAGUCGGGCGACGAUGUCUACUGAUCCUCGGGUUAUUCAGGCGAUUCCACUCCGAAGACUACGUCAACUUCUUGCAGAAGGUCUCUCCGGCCACUUUCUCGACCUGGGAGUCCGAAAUGCCUAAGUACAACAUCGGCGAGGACUGGUUCGUGUAUUUUCGUGUUUCACUAACUUAUUGAGAUCGAAAUGCAUUUUCAGUCCGAUAUUCGAAGGAAUGUUCGACUACUGCUCGCUGUACUCAGGCGGCUCGGUAGAAGGCGCGCGACGGCUCAACCACAAACUCUGCGACAUCGUCAUUAACUGGGCCGGGGGCCUGCACCACGCCAAAAAAGUGAGACGAUCAGCAGCUGCACCUGAAUCAAUGUCAUCAAGCUACCCCGCUUGCCAAGGAUUCGGUGUUGAGUCUGAAGCACCAUCAACUUUUGGUGCAGACUGUUACCUUGUUUAAAUUUAGAAUAAAAAGAAAUAAUUCUGCUUUGCAGUCUGAGGCAAGUGGUUUCUGUUACGUCAACGACAUCGUGUUAGCCAUUCUUGAGUUGCUCAAGUAUCACAAACGGUAACGUUGUUCUCGCGAAGGAAUUGGGAAAACGUCUUGCUUAGGGUUCUUUACAUCGACAUCGACAUACACCACGGAGACGGCGUUCAAGAGGCCUUCAAUAACACCGACAGAGUCAGUCAUUCGCUCCUUUUCGAAUCUCUCAAUAUCUCAUCUCCAUGAAACAGGUGAUGACGGUGUCUUUCCAUCGCUACGGCAACUUCUUCCCCGGCACAGGCAGUCUUUACGACCUCGGCUUCGACAAAGGGAAGUACUUUGCGGUCAAUGUCCCCUUCGCAGAAGGCAUCGAGGACGAUUGUGAGUGGACCUUCUACCUCAGAAAAUUGAACGGCGGUCUUUGCAGCUUACCUGCGCACCUUCAAGCCGGUCAUCAGCGCCGUAAUGGAGAACUACCAGCCGGAAGCUAUCGUGCUGCAGUGUGGUGCAGAUUCGCUCUGUGGCGAUCGUCUCGGCUCGUUCAGCUUGUCGUUGGUUUUCUUCAGUUUUCUGGAGGAAUUCUGGCCCACUCAGGUUCCAAGGACACGCCGAGUGCGUCGCCUGGGUCAAAAAGUUUAACAUCCCCAUGUUGGUGGUUGGCGGCGGCGGCUACACUCUUCGGAACGUCGCGCGGUGUUGGACAAACGAGACUGGCGUUCUUCUCGACUACACCGUCCCCAACACGAUUCCUGAAACUGCCGGUCAGCCGCCGACGCCCUUCCAAAUCGUCUCGUUUUCAGAAUACUACAACUAUUUCGCUCCAGACUACAUUCUCCGACCCAACGUUCCGAAAAAGUUCCCCAACGCAAAUUCAGAAGAGGCAAGUUUUUUUUAAUCAUAAAGUAUCUCAAACGCGCACUUCUCUUCCGAUUUUUCAACUUUUUAAUUUCAUUUUUGUUCAUCCGAAAUUCGAUAAAUUCAAUUUUCAAACUGAAAAGUUGCGAUAUCGUGAGGUUAAAUUGAAUCAAACAACUUCAAAAUAAAGUGAGUGAAAAUGAACAGAGCGCCGAAUCAACAUAGUCCCCAUAUGUCGUCCUCUAAUGGUUUCUUGACCGUUCCAGUUUUUAAUUUUCAGUAUCUUGACAAGUUGAGAAUCGAAAUCAUCGAAAAUUUAAGACAGGUGAGUACUUGCCAACUGAAUUUUCGACAAAUGUUUUUUCUGAAGGUGAAAGGCGCGCCGUCAGUUCAAAUGUGCGAAAUUCCUGGAAGCGCAGCGCAAGAACUGGAGAGUCUGACGAACGACGAGAUCGACGACGAGUUAAGAAAAGUCGACGCGCAUUUGCGGGAACUUGGCGAAGAUCCAAACGGUCCCCAAGUGUAUCUUCCCAAACGAAUCCGCUAA